CCUGCCCAGUCUCAGAUAGGGAUGCUAACCCGACCCACAGUACCGAGGGAAUCAGCCUGCGACGCCUUUCACUUGGCGAUGAUAUCGAUAGGAUCCUGACUCUGAGGGGGAACGGUGAAUUGCACGGGAUUCGAGAACAAUCCUGUCACUUGUUGCUGACCUCAUGAUUUGCUGGUUAUGUGGCAAUGCUACGCACGAGGGUCGAUGCCAUUGCAUCCUCCCCCAGCAGUCGGCCCCCUAGAUGCGCAGGGAAUGCAUUUUAACCAGUUCUGAACAUGCCGCAGAUGAGACAACUUUUAUUCCCCCCCCCACUGUGCGAUGUUGGGUAGUUCGAUAUCUGUAUAAAGCUUGCCGCCCGUGAGCAUGGCCAGAGCAAGAGAGGUGAAUUCUACCUCAACAACCAGAUCUUGUUGUUGAAGGAUACGCCUGUCCGAAAAAUGGAGGGCCCAUACCGUGUUUACCUUUUCGGAGAUCAGACCAGCGACUUUGAACCUGGUCUGCGUCGUCUAAUUCAAGCGAAAAAUAAUACUAUUGUCCAAUCCUUCUUCCAACAAUCCUUUUAUGCUCUACGCCAGGAAAUUUCGAAGCUUCCACCCGCGCAACGCAAGAUCUUCCCCCGAUGCACAAGUCUUGUAGACUUGCUUGCUAGGUACCGAGAGUCGCAACCGAGCCCCGUGUUCGAGAGUGCCUUCACAUGCAUUUACCAACUGGGAUCUUUCAUUCACUAUUAUGGGGAUUUGGGGAAUGCCUACCCAUCACAGAGCUGCCAGCUCGUCGGAUUGUGUACAGGACUCCUCAGCUGUGCCGCUGUUAGUGCAUCGAGAAAUGUCGGAGAGCUCCUCCCCGCCGCAGUCGAAGCAGUGGUUGUGGCCUUGCGACUUGGACUAUGUGUCUUGCGGGUCAGAGAGCUCGUCGACUCCGAAUCGAGUGCCUCCUCGUGGUCCGUUCUAGUCUCAGGGUUGAACGGAGAAAGUGCUUCUAGCUUGAUCGAACAAUAUAGCAGCAAAACUGCGAUCCCCCCGUCAUCAAAACCUUAUAUCAGCGCAGUGAGCUUCAAUGGAGUCACCAUCAGCGCGCCGCCGAUCGUCCUGGACGGGUUCAUCAAGAAUGGUCUUGCAGGAAACUACAAGCCCACGAGAGUGCCGAUUCAUGGGCCUUACCAUGCCCCGCAUCUAUACGACAGCAGAGACGUUGACCGGAUUCUAGAAUCAUCUCCGCAAGAAAGUAUUGCGCACUACACCACAAACAUCCCGGUUUUAUCCAGUAACACCGGGGCGCCCAUCGAGGCUAGUAAGAUUAAGGAGGUUCUCAGGGUGGCGAUUGAAGAAAUCCUCUUGCGUCAACUCUGCUGGGACAAGGUGACGGAGUCUUGCAUCUCGAUCAUCGAAUCAGCCGACAGCCAGGCGUGUAGACUAAUGCCGAUCUCCACCAGCGCAACCCAGAGUCUUUACACCGCUCUGAAGAAAGCAGGAGUCGCCAACAUCUCGCUGGAAACCGGAAUCGGAGAUGUCUCGACGACUGCAGACAAACCCAACUCGACGGGGAAAACGGAGUGCUCCAAGAUUGCGAUCAUUGGUAUGUCAGGUCGGUUUCCCGACGCUGAAAGUCCUGAGAAGUUCUGGGAUAUUCUUCAAAAGGGCCUUGAUGUUCACCGAAAGGUUCCAGCGGACCGCUGGGAUGUUGAUGCGCACUAUGACGAGACGGGAACCCGAAGAAAUACAAGCAGAGUACAAUACGGUUGCUGGAUCAAUGAACCGGGACUAUUCGACCCACGAUUCUUCAACAUGUCCCCUCGAGAAGCGCUUCAGGCCGACCCAGCCCAGCGCCUUGCCCUCCUCACAGCCUACGAAGCGCUCGAGAUGGCGGGUUUCAUCCCAGAUAGCUCGCCCUCAACCCAGAGAGAUCGCGUCGGAAUCUUCUAUGGCAUGACCAGUGAUGACUACCGUGAGAUCAACAGCGGGCAAGAUAUCGAUACCUACUUCAUUCCCGGUGGCAACCGUGCGUUCACUCCUGGUCGUAUCAACUAUUACUUCAAGUUCAGUGGUCCGAGCGUGAGCGUGGAUACAGCAUGCUCGUCCAGUCUCGCGGCUAUCCAUAUGGCUUGCAAUUCCAUUUGGAGAAAUGACUGUGACACCGCUAUCGCGGGUGGUGUCAAUAUCUUGACUAACCCGGACAACCAUGCUGGGUUGGACCGAGGUCAUUUUCUCUCCACCAAGGGUAAUUGCAACACGUUCGAUGACGGUGCCGAUGGGUACUGCAGAGCCGAUGGCGUUGGUACCAUAGUACUUAAGCGACUCGAGGAUGCGGAGGCAGAUAACGACCCGAUUAUCGGCGUCAUCAACGGGGCAUACACCAAUCAUUCUGCGGAGUCUGUAUCUAUAACUCGUCCCCACGUUGGAGCGCAAGCCUUCAUUUUCAACAAAUUGCUCAACGAGGCGAACAUUGAUCCGAAGGAUGUCAGCUACAUUGAAAUGCAUGGCACCGGUACGCAGGCCGGAGAUGCGGUGGAGAUGCAAUCCGUCCUCAAUGUAUUUGCUCCUGACUAUCGCCGCGGGCCCACGCAAUCGCUUCAUCUGGGAUCUGCCAAGGCGAAUAUUGGACAUGGAGAGUCCGCCUCCGGUGUGACAGCACUUGUGAAGGUGCUCAUGAUGAUGAGAGAGAACCAAAUUCCUCCGCACUGCGGUAUCAAGACCAAGAUCAAUCACAACUUCCCGACCGAUUUUGCCAAGCGUAAUGUUCAUAUUGCAUUCCAGCCCACUCCAUGGAACCGGCCAGCUUCUGGAAAGCGCCGCGCCUUUGUUAAUAACUUCUCUGCAGCUGGUGGCAAUACUGCUCUUCUUGUGGAGGAUGCACCUCUCUCGGAGACCGUUGGUCAGGAUACUCGGCCUUUCCAUGUGGUUGCAGUUUCGGCUCGAACUCAGAGCGCUUUGAAAAACAACAUCAGCUCUCUAAUCAAGUACAUGGACUCGUACGGGAACUCCUUUGGCGUCAAGGAGUCAGAUCUCGUCCCCAACUUGGCUUACACUACCACUGCGCGCCGAAUUCAUCAUCCCUUCAGAGUCACGGCUGUCGGCUCCAGCUUGCAAAGCUUGCGCGAUUCUUUGCACGCUGCCUCUCAACGUGAUGCUUACACGGCUGUGCCGGCCAAGACCCCUGGAAUUGGCUUUGUCUUCACCGGUCAGGGAGCUCAAUACACCGGAAUGGGCAAAGAGCUUUACAACAAUUGCUCGCUGUUCCGGGACACUAUUGAGCACUUCGAUUGUAUUGCACAGAGUCAAGGCUUGCCUUCAAUUUUGCCUCUUGUCGACGGCACUACUGCCGUUGAACAGUUGAGCCCGGUGAUUGUCCAGCUCGGUACUUGUUGUGUCCAGAUGGCUUUAACCAGCUACUGGAGCUCUCUGGGUGUGAAGCCGGCCUUUGUCCUCGGUCACAGUCUUGGGGACUAUGCUGCACUCAAUGCGGCUGGGAUUCUGUCAACGAGUGACGCAAUCUAUCUUUGUGGACGGCGAGCUCAAUUGCUGACGGAGCAAUGCGAGGUUGGAACACACUCCAUGCUAGCUAUCAGAGCAUCCCUUGCCGAGAUCAAGCAUUUCCUCAGGGAUGACGUUCAUACUAUCGCCUGUGUCAAUGCCCCCGCCGAGACCGUCAUUAGUGGUCUGGCUUCGGACAUCGAAGACUUGGCCCAGCAGUGCUCCACCCAAAAUGUGAAGGCAACCAGGUUGCGCGUCCCGUAUGCAUUCCAUUCCCCGCAAGUUGAUCCUAUCCUGGAUACCUUCGAGGCACUUGCGCAAGGUGUGACGUUUCACAAGCCUACUACCCCGUUCGUCUCAGCUCUCCUCGGUGAGGUUAUCACAGAAGCCAAUGCACAAGUCCUUGGUGCCAAAUACCUCAGGGACCACUGUCGCGGAACUGUCAACUUCCUCGGCGCUCUCGAAGCUAUCAGACAUGCGAAACUAGCCGAUGACAAGACUCUGUGGGUGGAAAUCGGGUCUCACACCAUUUGUUCGGGCAUGAUCAAAGCUAUACUGGGCCCCCAGGUAACCACAGUCGCCUCGCUGCGCCGUGAGGAAGAUACAUGGAAGGUUCUUUCGAACAGCAUGUCAGCGUUGCACUUGUCUGGAAUUGACCUCAACUGGAAGCAAUAUCACCAGGACUUCAUUUCUUCGCACCAAGUCCUGCGUCUCCCUGCCUACAACUGGGACCUCAAAAACUAUUGGAUCCCGUAUUCCAAUAACUUUUGCCUGACAAAGGGAGCUCCUGUUGCUGCCAUCGAAGCUGCACCCACUUAUGAGUAUCUUACUACCGCUGCGCAGAAGGUCAUAGAGACUCGAGAUGAGGGGGCCACUGCCACCGUGGUUGUUGAGAAUGAUCUUGACCAUCCCGAGCUUCGCCGUGUAAUUCAAGGCCACAAAGUGAACGGUGCCAACCUUUGUCCAUCGUCUCUCUAUGCCGAUAUUGCUCAAACGCUUGCAGAGUACUUAAUCAAUAAGUACAAGCCCGAAUUCAAGGAUGUAGGACUUGACGUGUGUGAUGUCGCCGUUCCUAAAACACUUAUUGCCAAAGGUGGUCCGCAGCUGUUCAGGGUCUCUGCAACCGCAACCUGGGCAGAGCAACGUAUAUCAGUACAGAUUUACUCGGUCACGCCGGAAGGGAAAAAGACCGCUGAGCAUGCAACGUGCAACGUCAAGUUCUUUGACUGCGCUGCCACUGAGAGGGAGUGGAAGCGCAUGUCGUAUCUUAUCAAAAGGAGUAUCGACCGCCUGCAGGAACUCGCCGAUAAUGGAGAAGCGCACAAACUGCAGAGGGGCAUGGUGUACAAGUUGUUCGCUACCCUGGUUGAUUACGAUGACAACUACAAGUCCAUCCGCGAGGUCAUCCUCGAUAGCGACAAUCACGAAGCGACUGCACGUGUCAAGUUUCAAGCUCCACCGGGCGACUUCCAUCGCAAUCCGUUCUGGAUUGAUAGUUUCGGGCACUUGUCCGGAUUUAUCAUGAACGCCAGUGACGGCACCGACUCAAAAUCACAGGUCUUCGUUAACCACGGUUGGGAUUCAAUGCGCUGUGUGAAGAAGUUCUCUCAAGAUGCUACCUACAGGACAUACGUCAGGAUGCAACCCUUGAAGGAUGCUAUCUGGGCCGGAGACGUCUACGUCUUCGAAGGUGAUGACAUUAUCGCUAUCUACGGAUCAGUUCAGUUCCAAGCCCUGCCGCGCAAGAUCCUCGACGCUGUACUUCCCCCCGCCGGCGCGGCUAAAGCCCCCGCUCCUGUUCGUCCUUCUGCGAGCGUGAUCCAGAAGCCAGUGCCAGCUGCCGGUAGCAAACCCCGCGCUAAAGCUCCCACGCCCACAAAGUCCCUCUUGAAGUCGAGCGGACCCAGUGUGAUUGUGCGCGCACUGAGCAUCCUUGCAUCGGAAGUCGGCCUCUCUGAAGCGGAAAUCUCGGAUGAUCUGGUUUUCGCCGAUUAUGGAGUAGAUUCCUUGCUCUCUCUUAACAUCACUGGCCGGUAUCGCGAGGAGCUGAACAUCGAUCUGGACUCGUCCGUAUUCAUCGAUCAACCAACGGUCAAGGAUUUCAAGCGGUUGAUCGCUCAAAUCAGCCCUUCGGAAAGCAGCGAUGGGUCCACCAGCGACCCUGAGUCGAGCUUCUCCUUCAAUGAUGGUUCAGAUGAGUCGGGUCUCAGCUCGCCCAUGGAUAUAUCUCCGCCGAAUGAGAAGGUCGCCGUGUUGGCUGUUGAACAGCAUGCCACCAUGAAGGAGAUCCGCGCGAUCAUUGCUGAUGAAGUUGGAGUGACCGAGGAUGAGCUGAAGUCAGACGAGAACUUGGGUGAAAUGGGAAUGGAUUCUCUUCUUUCUCUGAAUGUCCUCGGCCGCAUCCGCGAAACCCUGGACCUGGAUCUCCCUGGUGAGUUCUUCAUCGAACAUCAGACUCUGGAGGAAGUCGAAGUCGCUCUGGACCUGAAGCCCAAGGCCGCGCCUCUCCCCGCCCCAAUCAGGCUGCCCGAGGCUCUUCCGGCCAUCAAUUCGACUAUUAGUGCGCGAGCCGCUCAGCACCCUCCAGCCACCUCCAUUGUCUUGCAAGGCAAUCCCAAGACAGCUACACAGUCAUUGUUCCUGUUCCCGGAUGGGUCCGGCUCGGCUACAUCUUACGCGACAAUUCCCCGGGUUGGCCCCGACGUCUGCGUUUACGGGCUCAACUGUCCUUAUAUGAAGACACCCGAGAAGCUGAAGUUCCCUCUCCAGGAACUCACAUUUCCCUACCUCGCCGAAGUCCGGCGCAGACAGCCUAAGGGUCCUUACAAUUUUGGAGGGUGGUCGGCCGGUGGUAUUUGCGCCUAUGAUGCUGCGCGGCACAUGAUCCUCGAGGAAGGGGAGCGCGUUGACCGACUCCUCCUUCUCGACUCCCCGUUCCCUAUCGGACUGCAGAAGCUUCCUCCGCGACUGUACCAGUUCUUCGACGGGAUCGGGUUCUUUGGCGAAGGACGAUCCGCCCCUCCCGCCUGGCUGCUUCCUCACUUCCUCGCGUUCAUUGACUCCCUUGACGCCUAUCGCGCGGUACCGCUUCCCUUCGACGACCCGCAGUGGGCCAGCAAGAUGCCCAAGGUCUUCCUUAUUUGGGCCAAGGAUGGCGUGUGUAGCAAACCCGACGACCCACGUCCGCCCCCCGCGGCCGACGGGAGCCCCGAUCCCCGCGAGAUGGUCUGGCUCUUGAACAACCGUACGGACCUGGGCCCCAACAAGUGGGACACGCUGGUCGGGCCCGGGAACGUCGGCGGGAUCACUAUCAUGGAAGACGCCAACCAUUUCACCAUGACCCUGGGCAGCAAGGCCAAGGAGUUGUCGAACUUCAUUGGCCAAGCGUUGGGUCAUUAAAUUUGCCUCCACGAUGAUUGCACUCUUUUUUACUUACGAAAGUCAUACCUUGUGAUUUUUUUUUCUUUUUUUUUGGGGGGGGGUUACCCUAGACAGUUCUGAUGAGAAAACCCCUUGUUGAUUGAUAAUCCGGUUUUUUGUUGGUUUAUAUCCUCAAUGGAAAGUACAUGAUUUCUCACUCAG